AUGGCCAGACAAAAACAAGGUGCCCCUGCAGAUCACUCCAUUUUGGAAGGAGAGGGACAGAUUGAGCAUAUGGUGACCCAAUGUGCCAUAUGCGCCGAGACUCGAGUUCAGCGUUCUGAGCCUUUGUUGCCCACGGUUACACCCGACAGACCGUGGCAGCACCUUGGCAUCGAUCUGUUUCAACUUAAAGGCCGCGAUUACGUCCUGAUUGUUGACUAUUAUUCCAGGUUUCCCGAAGUAGUCUCCGUAGGGUCUACCACGGCACCAGCCGUUAUCUCGGCCAUCAAGAGCUGCAUUGCCCGUUUUGGCAUACCGGACAUCGUCCGGACCGACAACGGACCGCAGUUUGUGUCCAACGAGUUCGCCGAGUUUGCGCGGUCAUACGGCUUCCGUCACGAGACCAGCAGCCCGAGGUACCCCCAGAGCAAUGGAGAGGCAGAGCGCAUGGUGCGCACAAUGAAAGACUUGCUCUUCAAAGGUCCUGAUCCCUACCUUGCCUUACUGUGGUACCGCGACACGCCCGGUCCCAACGGUAUUUCCCCGGCUCAAGCACUGAUGGGAAGGAAAUUACAAACUCGUCUCCCGAAACUACCGGAACAACUGGUGCCGUCGUUACCAUGCCACACGAGUUUCAGGGAAAAGGACUCGUGGAACAAGGCACGCCAAGCGAUGAACUACAAUCGCCGUCAUGCUUCAAUCCAAUUGGCCCCUUUGAGUCCUGGAGACUAUGUAUGGGUCACUGACACACGCUGCAGUGGUGAAGUACUCUCACAGGCUCAGCGUCCACGGUCCUACCUUGUUCAGACCCCCAUAGGCGUCCUUCAGUGUAAUCAUCGACACCUGGUACUUCAUUCAUCGGAAGCGACCCCUGCUCAACUGGCAGCUUCUCCGCCUGUCACUCCCGAGAUCAUGCAGCCUGCAGCACCUCGGGAAGAUCCAACGCAGACCGAAGUGACGCCGCAGGAAACGCUGACACAGACUCGCAGCGGUCGUAUAGUGAGACCACCGCGGCGGUUGGACUUGUAG